AUGAGUUUUUGCUUGCAAGUAGCUCAGGAGCCUGUCGCUGGGCGCCGCAAGACGGACAAGGAUCGUCGCCCAAUUGCGCCAACCCCUAUCAUCCGGCUCUGGAUUCGAGAACAUGCGGGGGCGACGGGCCUGGGCGUGUUUGUGAACCCUUCUGACAUCAAUAUAUCGACAUUGCCCGGCCGUGGUCGCGCGAAAGCUUUCGACAAGAGCCACCGAAAUCUGCACGGAAGACUACACGUCGAGGCCAACCGGGUCAUUGACAUGGAGGGCGAAAUGGGUCUCUGGUUCUUGUUCAUGAGCCUGUCUGUCCGCAACGAGGGGACAUAUUCCUUAUAUUUCCGUUGUUUUGAUAGGUCGGCAACUACAAAGGGCAUGCCACCAGCGCCAUCUCUCGCCGCAUGCCGUUCGAUGGACUUUAAGGUGUUCUCUCCCCGCAACUAUCACGGGCGGCCGCCAAAAACGCUUCUUGCCGACCAUUUUAACCGUCAAGGGUUCAAGCUUAACACUCGCAAGAACGAGCGUCAAGUCGCGUCCCCUUCUCCGCCUCCAGAGUGA